AUGGGAACUCAAAAUCCUCGGACCUGGUCGGAGCUCCCUCCUGAUUUGCUGGAAUCUAUUUACAAUCGAUUAAGCUUCACUGACUUCCACCGCGCAAAGCUCGUGUGCUGGAACUGGAACUUGAUUUCGAAGCUAACACUCCCCAAGAAAAUCACAUCUCCAUGGCUAAUGCUGUUUCCUGAAGACAACGACGACAACGAAGAUGGCUCUGGUUCUAGUUCUGUCCUGUUGUUCAAUCCAGAAGAAGAAGAAAGAACUUACAAAACAAAAAGAGACUUUUCAAGGACUCGGUUCCUUGCAAACUCAGGUCAAUGGUUCCUAGUAAUAGACUCUCAAUUCAAUCUCUAUAUAAUCGAUGUGUUUAGCGAGACUAGGAUCGAUCUUAUGCCUCUAGAAGAGUCUCUCCUAGAUAAAGACGACUCCGAAGAUUUAAAAGGUCUCUUGUGGUUCGACGAGAAGACGACAGAGUAUGUAGUAGUCUUGUUCUUCAACUUCCCUAGUGGAAACGUUGGAUUUUGCAAGAAAGGUGAUGAUCACUACACUAAAAUCCCACUUCAUUGCGGAGUCCCAUGGAGGUUACAAGGCUUAACCGAUGCGGUACUCUUUGGUUACAAUCUUUACAUCCGCACGCAACUUAGUUACAUUCGGAUCCUAGAUUUGUCUAAACAACAAGGUUUCGAGGAUGUUAACAAGUAUGAACCAUUUCAAUUGUUUUAUUCAACUCAAGAUUGUAGUUUUGCGGUUACAACGAGAGGAGAUGUUUUGCUGGUCGAGAGCAUCAUCGAUAACGCAACCAUUGAAAGCUUCCGGAUCUUUAAGAAUAUAGAGUACAAUUCUGAAGAAGAGGUUGAUUCUUUAGGUGAUGAGGCUUUGCUUCUUGACUUGGGUGUUCCCGUGCCUAGCAUUACACCAAACUCUAUAUAUUUUACCCGGCAUGGUCGUAUCUAUCAUAAGGAGGAUUUAAAACUGGACAUUUGUGUGUUCGAUCUCGAGACCAAGAUUCUCAAACGUUUUUCUUGUCUCUCCAAGAUGAAGCUCAAGGAUGCUCGAUGGUUUCUUCCGACUACUUGA